GCAUUGUCAGGCGGCCGAACAGCACAGGGGCCGGGUGGAGGAGGGUGGGAGGAGCGGGAGCUCUGCGCCGCCGCCUGCCGGGAAUCGGAGCGAGGGGCCGGCGUCUGCGCCGCGGCGGAGGCCGAGGCCGCUUUCCCCAGGCCGGCCCGAGGCCCGUAACGUCACUGGGCGGCGAGGCCUUUCCCCGCCGCCGCUGCCGGGGCCACUAUGUCUGAAGCGGCGGAGGAGCAGCAGCUGAUGGAAACGGCCGCUACUGAGAACGGCCAUGAAGCCGCCCCCGAUGGGGAGCCUCCGAGUGAGGCCGCGAGCGGAACCGGAACCGGGACCGGGACUGGGAUUGGGACUGGGACCGGGACGGGGACCGCGACCGCGACCGGGAGCGGGAGUGGGUCCGGGGCGGCGGCCCCGGUGGCGGCGCCUCCUGCGGCCCCAGCUGGGAGCCAGAACGGGGCCGAAGGAGACCAGAUAAACGCCAGCAAGAACGAGGAGGAUGCAGGGAAAAUGUUUGUAGGUGGCCUCAGUUGGGACACAAGCAAAAAGGACUUGAAAGAUUAUUUCACCAAGUUUGGUGAGGUGGUUGAUUGCACGAUAAAGAUGGAUCCUAACACAGGAAGAUCAAGAGGUUUUGGGUUUAUCCUCUUUAAAGAAUCUGCAAGUGUUGAUAAGGUUUUGGAUCAGAAAGAACACAGAUUAGAUGGACGGGUAAUUGAUCCCAAAAAAGCCAUGGCCAUGAAGAAAGAUCCUGUGAAGAAGAUCUUUGUUGGAGGACUUAAUCCAGAAGCUACAGAAGAUAAAAUCCGGGAGUACUUUGGAGACUUUGGAGAGAUUGAAUCUAUCGAACUUCCAAUGGAUCCAAAGACAAACAAAAGAAGAGGAUUUGUAUUCAUCACCUUUAAAGAAGAAGACCCUGUUAAGAAGAUUUUAGAAAAGAAAUUUCAUAAUGUCGGUGGAAGUAAAUGUGAGAUCAAGGUGGCCCAGCCUAAAGAAGUGUACCAACAGCAGCAGUACAGCUCGGGGGGCAGCCGAGGAGGCCGGAGCCGAGGGAGUAGAGGAUCUGGAGGUGGCGGCGGAGGCAGUGGAAGUGGUGGCAGUGGAGGCAGUGGAGGGGGAGCUCAAAGUCAAAAUUGGAAUCAAGGUUAUGGCAACUAUUGGAAUCAGGGAUAUGGCAACCAGGGCUAUGGCUAUCAGCAAGGCUAUGGCGGUUACGGCGGCUACGACUACUCCCCUUAUGGCUAUUACGGCUAUGGACCAGGCUACGACUAUAGUCAGGGCAGUACAAAUUAUGGAAAGACUCCAAGGCGUGGUGGUGGUCAUCAGAAUAACUAUAAGCCAUAUUGAGGCAGUCCUGUGCGGUAUGCAGCGGCAUGCUCAGUGUUCAGAGGGACUGCACACGUUUUAUACGGAAAUGCUCUAGGUGGACAUUAAAAUUAUGUACCAAAUUUAACUUUGCAAACUUUC